ACAUUUUAAAAGCCAACCAUGACUCCAAGACGGAAAACAAAUAUUUCACUCUAAAAGAUCACUGCCUCCCGGGACCGCUUCCUACUGCUGGCGUGUGCACUCCUAUGCUUCCCCAGAUGUACCUGCAAGUAAGGAUUUCUCCUGGGGACACUGCCGUCACCAGCAUGGCUCAAGAGUUUGUGAACGCCAAAAUCCAACCUGGGAAGGUGGUUGUGUUCAUUAAGCCCAGCUGCCCCUACUGCAGAAAGACCCAAGAGAUCCUCAGUCAACUGCCCUUCAAACAAGGGCUUCUGGAAUUUGUUGAUAUCACAGCCACCAGCCACACAAGCGAGAUUCAAGAUUACUUGAAGCAGCUGACAGGCGCCAGGACGGUUCCUCGGGUCUUUAUUGGUAAAGAUUGUAUAGGCGGGUGCACUGAUCUGGAGGUUAUGCAACAGAAUGGGGAACUGUUGGUGAGGCUGAAGCAAAUUGGAGCUCUGCAGUAAUCACAGCAAAGCAGACCUCAUGCUGACGUCUCCCCUUGAGAGCUGGAUGGCAGCACAAAGGAUGACAGCAUUUCCUGGUGGAGGGGAUUUUGAGCACAAACAGCCUUCUUCUUUUUUUUUCCUCAGAAUGAAAAAGUGGACCAACUUGCCCCUAGGCAUGGGGCUAAGGUUGACAGACCACUUUGGUUUUUUUCCCCCAGAUUGGCCCUUUGGGUUUCAGAAGAGUAUGACAAGUCUGGUUCAGGACUUACUCACUGAUCCAAAAGAUGUUUUCCUCUUUAUCAUGUGUUUUUUAUUAGCUGUACUCCAUGUGCCAGCAUGCCUGUACCUCACAGCCAGUGUUUCUCAACCAUGUUUAUCUAGACCUCCCAAGGAUAAAUCCGUAGUUGGCUUCCCAUUACUGGCCAUCAACUGAAAUUAUUUUGCUGAACUUAACAUUAUGCAGUUAUUAUUAUGAAAUCAAUGGAUGCUAUGAAUUUUUUUCAAACCACAUGCAUAAUCUCUCAGCCAUUCCAUAUUGAGAGUCACGCUCUGAGCCAGUGUUCACAAUCUCACCAUCUCCCAGUUGUACAGGAUGAUCCACAACUCUGUGAAGGGUGUGAGGAACUACUUUGAGAAAUUGUAUGAAGAUUGGUAAUUGCUAGGCCCACAUGGAUAGAGGCACAAAGGUGGGGCAAAUGUGGCAACAAUGGUAGAGAAGGUGGUUGUCCAGAUAAUUCUAAAUAGCUGUGUAUGAAUUUUAUUUAGAUUACCAGCAAAAUUAAAACGUGAAAUGUAAAGUCAUCAUAGAACACUUAAGGACCUCCUCCUCAGAGUAUGUCUGUGAAAGGAACUAAAUUUGAGAAACACUGUCAUAAAUAAUUUCUUCCCCCCCCCUUUGAAAAUUUAGAAUCUUACUGUGAAGUUUAAUUGUUCUGAAGUUGCAAGUUGAUUUUCUUAUUUGGUCUCUAGGGAGAAUAAUUUCUUUCCUAAUAAAGAAGUAGCUAUAGAUGACUUGUUGUCCAGUUCUGAUCUGUGUUCUCAAGAUGUUAAGGACUAGUAUUAAAUGCGAAAUACACUGUCUUAAAGUUUAAUUCAUUUGUCCCUGCCAUCAUAAAUAAAAAUGUGCUGCUAUCACUCAUUAAAUAGAAAUGGUUGAUUUUUAAAUUUCCUAUUGAAAUGACUUUAAAUAUAACCUGUCCACUAGCCUACUGAAUAAUGUUUAGGGUUCAAUAAUCAUUUUUACUUCAUGUUCCAUUUUUCCAUUUCCCAACUAACACCCUUACACUUUUGGCUGUAUUUCCUGUGGACCAUAGUCACUCCUUUCAACCAUGAUUGUUGUGGAUGAUUGUGCAGGCUGCACACUGAACACUGAAUGCUGCCCUUUGGAAAGUAGGUAUAGCCCCAGAUCUGCUCAGGACCACUGGCCUGCACAUUCUUUCACACUUCUGUGUCUUGUACCUUAUACUUCCCUGAGGUGCCUUUUCUUCUUCUUUGCUAUAUUUUCACAUUUCUUCAAGGCCUGAUUUACAGAUGGGUUCCUCUGUAGCUCCCUUCUCCUUUCCCUGCCUUUUGACUAAAGUCAUUGUUCCCUUUUCCUCAAUCCAGAAGCACCCCUAGCACUUCAGGAC